ACGGUAGAUUCUUAUGCCAAGGGCAUAACUAGCAUUCCUCGAAUCCUUCAUGGCAAAGUUCUCGCUCAACCAAGUCUUUACAGAUAUGGCUGAAGAGGAUUAUGAGGAGGAGGUUCUCAAUGUCACGCUGCCAGCUGCAUUCGAGAUGCAUUUGCCAUCAGGGAGCCCCGUGCCAGACUGCACGUAUUGUGGGGCUAAGCGCAUGGUGUAUAAGCCCUUAGGGUUUUGUUGUAGCCAGGGUGAGGUCGUCCUUGCUUCAAAUGAAAUGCCAAGUCUUUUGAAAGAUAUAUUCAUCGGCAACGAUCUUAAGGCGAAACACUUCCAAUCUGCUAACACCUUUGCUUUUACUUCCAUUGGUUUGCCGAUGGAUGACCACCAGCUCAUCCCAGAAAUAACUCCACAAUCAAGAACAUGGACAUGCAAAGGAAACAAAGUCAAAGGCAUGACAUAUAAUGAAGACAUCCUCGUCAUCGACGAACGCCUUCAACUGCAUGAAACUUACCUCAUCUCAAACGCUAAAGUUUCCCCAAUCACCAACAGUUUCGGUUUCCCCGACGACAACUAUAAAUAUCUCUGGACAAUCAACAGGUGGACAAUGAUCCAAGACUCUGAUUCGGACCAAAAAAUCAUUGUCCAGACUGCACUUCCAAUGGACAUAGAUCCAUUCUCUACAUUCUACAAUGCUAUGCAAAACAAAAAAAAGAUCAGCCCUCGUAGCAUAGGAUCAACAAUGCACCACAUCUCUGCCCAGGUGGUCCCAAAUGAGCUAGGGUAUUCUGAUCUAGACAUUGUAAAGGAUCUGAUUUUGAAGACAGAAAUUGGUAUGGGUGAGCAGGAAGGAGGACUUUAUUACUUUAAGGAGCCUGAAAAGAAGAUGGUGUGCAGUGCGAAAAAGGAGAGUGCAUCUCUUGAUACAGGAACCACAAAUGAGGUUAGCUCUUAUGAUGAUGAUGAAGAACUGCGGACAGAAGAACAAAUGGACCGUUCCAGGAGGGACAGUCGACCGGAGGAAAGCAGCAGAGCUGACCGGCUACAGACGGUCGACUUGAUGGACCGUUCCGAUGCCCACGGUCGACCGUCAGAGAGGCAGAAUGACGGAUCUCUGAGAGAUGACCAAACGGUCGAUUUGGUGGACCGUCCUGAUAUCCACGGUCGACCGUUCGAGAGGCAGAAUGAUGGUUCUUUGGGAGAUGAUCAAACGGUUGACCGUGAUGAGGAAGACGGUCGACCGUCUCCGAGGCAGAAAGUUAGCGAUCCAGAACAGCUCCAAACGGUCGACCCCGUGGACCGUUCCACGGACGGCGGUCGACCGUCCCCUUCCCAGCCAGCGGUGGAGAACUUGGGACGUGGUCAGCGUGAGAAAGGUCCAAAUGUACGCCUUGCCGAUUAUGUUACCCAUGUGGUUGGACCAUAUGUCGGGGAGAAAUGCAAAUAUCCUCUCUCUUCAUAUGUCACAUAUGAGAAGUUUUCUUAGAAACAUAAGUGCUUUCUCAGCGCACUUGAUGCUGAAGUGGAGCCCACGAGUUUCAAGAAGGCAUUCCAGGAUGAACGAUGGAGGAAGGCUAUGAGAGAGGAGAUUUAAUAGGAACACUCCUAAUAUUAUUUAGUUUCCUUAUUCUUGUAUUACCAUACUUACUUUAUU